AUGCCUCGGAACAGGAAGAAGAACCACCGCAGCAAAGCUGCACCCCAAGACCAGGCAGAAACCGCCCGUCCCCCAAAGACUGUUGCUUGUCCUCGCUGCAACAAGGCUAUCAUUGUCCCCAAGGCUUGCAAGCACGGCAAGAAACUCAUCAACUGCCAGGGAACUGGUUGCGGCACAGCCCAUCUCGUCGAACAUGAUGCGAGUUGUCAGCCGCUUAAUCCACCCAAACCUGCGAAUCCGUCCCUAGGGCAACCAAGAUCAAGCCAUGAGACAGCCACAGCACCGACCUUACCUCUGGUGACGCUAACUAUGCCUGAUGUGUCACCGGCACACAGCGCCUGGAUCCUCGGGCCGCCAAAAUCACAAGUCGCCGAUCUGUCCAAGACCUUUCCGGCUAAUCAUCUUAUAGCAAUGCAAGAACUGUCAGAACAGCUCAGAUCAGUCAAAGAAUGCCGCAACAAACAGCCGAGAUAUGUCCAGGGCAUUCCGAUAGAUGAGUGGUUGGAAAGACUGGAAAAAGAGAGUGCCGCAGAGGUCAACCAGUGGACUAGGAAGUUCAAGGAUUUGGUGGAAGGAAAGGAGACCGCCGAAGCGAUCGGAUAUGACGAUGAGGACAGUGAGGACGAGGGCGACGGAUGCCUAACACCGACAGAGGACGAGUGA